AUGUCUUUAGCCACCUUAUUUAUUCUGUUCGCACAUGCGUCGAAUACGGUCCCGGUAUGUGUACAUACCACGUUCAUCAACAAAGGUGCAGCAUUGAAAAUCGGCCAAAUACUAAGUAUACAGGAUUCUAAGGUGGUGUCACCGCAGCUGGCUAAAACUUUUGAACGUGUACGCCAGGCGGACGACUAUAUGCCCGAUUGGCAAGUAGAGCGCGUAAUGAUCACACAAUUGGGCGCCGAUUGGCGUAAUCUUUUGGAAAGUUUCGAUGAGAAACCAUUUGCGGCGGCUUCCAUUGGGCAGGUACAUCGCGCUACAUUGAAAGAUGGCAUGCAAGUGGCUAUAAAAAUUCAAUAUCCUGGCGUUGCGCAAAGCAUCGAAAGUGAUAUUGAUAAUUUAGUAGGCAUGCUCAAAGUACGGGGUGUCUUUCCGCACGGCUUCUUUAUUGACAAUGUGGUCAAGGUGGCCAAACGUGAACUAAAUUGGGAAGUAGAUUAUACACGUGAAGCUGAAUAUACAGAUAAAUUUAAGCAGAUGAUUGCACCUAAUCACGAGUACUAUGUACCGAAGGUCAUUAAAGAAUUGACCACAAGCAGCGUACUGACUACAGAAUUAGUGCCAGGUGUACCAUGGGACAAGUGCUUCGAUUUAAGCUAUGAGCAUCGCCAUCACAUUGCUUCGUCUAUACUCAAGUUGUGCUUGCGUGAGCUGUUCGAGUUGGAAUGCAUGCAAACCGAUCCGAAUUGGUCGAAUUUCCUUUAUGAUGUUGAUACGAAGAGACUAAUGUUAAUUGAUUUUGGUUCAACGCGUUUUUAUCAAAAGCAAUUCAUACGUAAUUAUCGGCAGGUAAUAAUGCACGCUGCAGAGAAUAAUCGUGAAGGUGUCUUGCGCAUGUCACGCGAAAUGGGUUUUCUCACAGGUUAUGAAACCAAGCAAAUGGAAGAGGCGCAUGUGGAUGCUGUUAUGAUACUUGGCGAAAUAUUUCGCUUUGAUAGUGAUUUUGAUUCCGGCCGGCAGAACACCACCGAACGCAUUGCACAUUUAGUACCCACAAUGGUCGCACAUCGCCUUUGUCCACCGCCAGAGGAAAUCUAUUCCAUACAUCGCAAAUUAUCUGGUAUAUUUUUGCUGUGCUCACGCCUAAAUGUACGACUUAAUUGUCGGCCGUACUAUGAUGAAAUUGUUAUUCAGAAGUUCAAGGAGUAAUAUUGGAAAGGCACAAACUGUUAGGUAUAUAUACAGGAAGAAAUGUUUACUUUAGAAAAAUGCAUAUAAAAAUAUAUUUUAUAUGCACUUAUGUAUUUCAAUAUAUAGAUAUACAUACGUUGCCUUUAUAAUACGAUCGCCCAGCUGUUUUUUUAAUCAUUUCAUUGCGCAAAAAAGACUGAAAGCGAUUGGCGAUUUCUGUUCGUGGUCCAAGCAUACUAACCCAUUCUUUUGUAGAAGGGCCUUUAGUAUCUUCCAAAUUUGGAACUAUGCCCAGCAACAUCCUGUAAUUAAGAAAAAAUUACAUUCAAACAUAGCUAUAUAAUACGACAUUUUACGCAUACUCACCUAACCUUAAGAUUACACAACCGCCGCGUGCCAGAAAAAUAUAAUUGAAAUGAGAUAUGAAUUCGCCGUGUAUGUAUACGGAUUUCCAUUGAAUU